UCCGGCAGAAGUCUCCACCACCGCCGCCGAAGAUUGCGUUUUGCUUUUUGUUGCUCUUUGUUGAUCGAACUGAUUCUAGAGAAGAAAGUUGUCUUCUUGAGUGUCUAUUUUGUUUGAUGAUGGAUGACACUGUGAAUGAGCUUCUAAGAAGGAAGAAAGCUGUCCUAAAUCAUCAGAUCAAGAGUGAUUUGGUUGCAUCCACACUUGCGAAUCAUCAGGAAAAACCUCAAGCUUUCUCCUUGCUACAACAGAAAGAUGUCCAAACUAAGAGUCCCGGCACGCAUUUCAGUAACUGUGCAGUUAAGGUUGGUGAGAAGAGAAAGCGGAACGAGUGUGGCGGCAUUUGCAAUACUGAGAAUCGUAGCAUGACUGAAGAUGUUGUAAAUCUAAGUAAAGACAGAAAUGUAGACAGCAAAAGAAGUGCGUUUAGUGAUAAUGGAGAUGCAACACAAGAGUUUGGAAGCGGAAAGCAACUCCCUGAGGUUGAUUGUUCUAAAGACCCAAUGUCAAAUGCUCAAGUGGGAGCUGUAGUGGGAAACUCUCGAAAUCUUGAGGUGGAUCAAAAUUCUGGUUUAUGUGAUUCAGAAUCAGGAGGUGUAGUACCACAAAAGAUUUCUGGAUUUGCUGGUUUGAAAUUUAACGACUUUGAUAAGCUGAGGGAAGAAGUAAACUUCGAAGUUGGGCAGACCUGGGCUAUUUUUGAUCCAGUGGAUGGAAUGCCUAGAUUGUAUGCUAAGAUCAUAAAAGUUUCAGCUCCUUGUUUUGGUCUUAGGAUUACAUAUCUAGAGCCAGAUCCAGAUGGUGAGAAAGAGCUCCAAUGGUUUGAAGAAGACUUGCCUGUUUCUGUUGGUAACUUCAGGCUUGGGGAAAAUAAGUGCACACAAGAUCGUUCAAUAUUUUCACAUGUGAUUCAUUGCAAUGAAUUAAGCAACACUCUUUGUUUCAGCGUCACUUGUCGUUUCAUCAACACUUGUCAUUUUAGUGUAUCCCCUAGAGAAGGCGAGACAUGGGCGCUUUUCAAGAACUGGGAUAUUAAGUGGUCUUCAGAGCCAGAUUCUCACCGCAAAUAUGAGUACGAAUUUGUCGAGAUUCUGUCAGAUUACGCUGAUGAAGCUGGUGUAUAUGUUGCAUACUUACAUAAAGCAAAAGGAUUUGCUAGUGUGUUCCUCCGAAUGGGAACUGGUUAUGAAGGUAUAUUUCGUAUUUUACCUCGCAGUUUGUAUCGGUUCUCCCAUAGGGUCCCUUCCUUCAAACUGACAGGAGUGAAAGGAAAAGAUAUGCCAAAAGAUGCUUAUGAGCUAGACCAAGCUGCCUUACCAGAAACAAUUGAAGAGAUCAUUGUGCCUUCAAACUCUGAGAGCAAUAUAAAGUCUAAACGCCAAGCCAUCUACAUUGCUAGCAAGGGAUAGGUUUUUCAGACUGGCCAGAUCUGGUCAUUUUACAGUGGUUAUGAUGAUUUGCCUCUGUACUAUGGUAGGAUUCAGAAGAUCACUUUUACUCAGGCAUUUAAGCAGGACCCUGUAAUUAAACUACACAUAGGUCGGCUAAAGGCUACCCAUUCCCCUAAGGAUGUUAUCGACUGGGAAGACAGGCAAAUGCCUGUUGGUUGUGGAACAUUCUACUCAAGAAACGUUCUAGAAAUAAUCACCCCAAAUGAGGUUUCACAUCAGGUAGUUCCUCAAACCUCAAUGGAUGGCAUUGAAUAUACUAUUCUACCCAAGAUUGGUGAACUUUAGGUGAUAUACAGAUACUGGAGUAGUCUUAUUGAUGUUGAGGACUUGGAGUUUGGUCUUUAUGACAUGGUUGAAGUUCUUGAUGACACUUUGGACUAUAAGGUCCAACUGCUGGAGUACGAAUCCGUUCAUGAUGAUGAUGAUGAUGACGAUGAAAAUGGGAAUAGGUUGUUCAGGGCAUGUACGGAGUAUACUUAUAACGAGGCUGAAGGGUCCGAACCAAUAUUUACGAUCCCAAAGUCGGAAAGAAUCAGAUUCUCGAAUAAGGUUCCUGCUUCUCGUGUAACCAAAGAGAUGCAUGGAGAGUUAAAAGAGUUUUUAAGUGUUGAUUAUAGGGCAACCCCUAUAAAUGUUAUACACUGUUGAACAGAGGAACUGAGAGAAGGAAAGGUAUGGGAAGCGCCAAGGAUUCCUUUUUGCUAGCGCUUGGUGCAUUUUGUGAAAAGGGUUUGUCUUUUUGGCUAAGAAUAUUCAAGACUUUCUCUAUGAUUUAAGAAAUGUAUUUAUCUAUUGAUAUGAAGCAGCAAGUAUUUGCAGGUUGGUCUGAAAUUUUCUUUUCACUAAAUGUGUCUUU